AUUUAAUUGAAAAAGGCGCGCAAAUCUUGAGAUGAAUCGGUUUUCUUUGUCCGUUCUCACACCUCUUCCUCAUCCGUCUCAAUCAAGCAAUCCAGGUCAAACCUCCGAGGUUUCGCAGAAUUCCGCCAUGGAAGAGCUGGAUUUCAAUGUAGAAGAAGCCACCAUCAAAUCAAUCCAACAAGCAUUCGCAGAGGGCAAGCUCACCGCCAGAAACCUAGUGGAUUUCUACCUGCACCAGAUCGAGCACCUCAAUCCCCUGCUCCGCGCCGUGAUCGAGGUGAACCCCGACGCGCAGCUACUGGCGGACGAAUCGGACAAGGCGAGGAGCAGAAACGCUGAUUUGGGGGAGCUGCACGGCAUUCCGGUGCUCCUCAAGGACACGAUCGGCACGCGCGACAGGCUCAGCACCACCGCCGGCUCCUACGCGCUGCUCGGAUCCAAGGUGCGACGCGACGCCGCCGUGGUGGAGCGCCUGAGGAGGAGCGGCGCCGUGAUUUUGGGGAAGGCGAGCUUGAGUGAGUGGUAUAGGUUCCGGUCUCUAAGUGGAGUCCCCGAUGGCUGGUGCGCUCGAUCCGGACAAGGAGUGAAUCCGUAUGUAUCAUCUGGGACGCCGUGUGGAUCGAGCAGUGGAUCCGCAAUAUCAGUGGCUGCAAACAUGGUGUGUGUCUCCCUCGGGACCGAGACGCACAGCUCCAUCAUCUGCCCCUCCGAUCACAACUCCGUCGUGGGGAUAAAGCCCACCGUUGGCCUCACCAGCCGAGCAGGGGUCAUACCAAUGACCCCCCGCUGGGACACAAUCGGGCCGAUAUGCAGGACUGUAUCGGAUGCAGUUCAUGUGCUGGAUGUGAUAGCUGGCUUCGACCCGAGUGAUGAAGCAACGAGGGAGGCGGCCAAGUACAUCCCCGAAGGCGGCUACAAACAGUUUCUCAACGAAGAUGGUCUCAAGGGGAAGAGGCUCGGCGUAGUUAGGCAUCCGUUCAUGGAGAUAAUGCAGGGGACUGCUGAAUCUGCAGCGUUCGAGCUUCACUUAGAUACAAUGAGGCAUAGAGGAGCACGAGUGAUGGACAACUUGAAGAUAGAUGAAAUAGAGACGAUUCUUGAUCCGAAUCAGAGUGGUGAGAUCAUAAUCAUGGCGGCCGACUUCAAGGCGCACAUAAACGUUUACCUAAACGAAGAAGUGGAUGAUUCUCCUGUGCAUUCUUUAGCCGAUAUCAUCGCCUUCAAUGAAGAUAAUGCCGAGUUGGAAAUGCUGAAGGAGCACGAUCAGAACACCUUCAUAGAAGCCGAGAAGACGAACGGGCUGGGCGAGCGCGAGGAGGCUAUACUGGAGAAUCUGGCGAAGCUCUCGAUAAACGGAUUCGAGAAAGUGAUGAAGGAACACAAAUUAGACGCGAUGGUGACACCGGGGUCUCGUGCUAGCCCUGUCUACGCGAUUGGAGGGUAUCCGGCAAUCACUGUUCCGGCUGGCUACGAGACAGACGGGAUGCCGUUCGGGAUAUGCUUCGGAGGAUUGAGAGGCAGCGAGCCUAAGCUUAUUCAGAUUUCUUAUGCAUUCGAGCAAGUUACGAAGGUUCGGAAACCUCCUUCUCUCGCGCUUUGAAUGUUGGAAGUUUUCACUUGUUUUUAGUUGUUUUGAACUCAAAUUUUGCUACUCUUGCAUUAGUGUUGCUACUAGGAACUUUGCUACAUUGAUUUUAGCUUUGUUUAUGUUGAUCUUGUUUUUACAUA